AUGAGUGCAGUAUCCGCUCUCCGAGGACAGUCUCGGCUUGUCGGCGGCCUUCUACGCGCUCCCGCCUCUCAGAUCAGUCGACAAUGGGUCUGCCGUCGCUGCGCAUCGUCCGUGGCUCUGCAGGCGUACACUUCGGGCCUGAGGUCGCAGCCGACACAACGGUCACUCGACAGACGGUGGCAGCAGAAGCGUGGUGCCGCUGGGGCAGCUGCUGCAAUGCUCGAAGAGGCCUCAGACCCUGACUCCCUAUCGCAAGAAACCAUUAUCGACAACCUCUCAGCAGAAGAAGCCCAUCGACUGUCUAAGGUGAGGAAUAUUGGUAUAGCAGCUCAUAUCGACUCUGGCAAAACUACGGCCACUGAAAGAGUGCUAUUCUACACCGGCCGUAUCAAGUCCAUUCACGAAGUACGAGGCAAAGACUCUGUCGGCGCAAAGAUGGACUCAAUGGAACUGGAACGAGAAAAGGGUAUUACCAUUCAGUCUGCAGCCACUUUCUGCGAUUGGGUCAAGAAAGAGAAUGGCAAAGAGGAGACAUACCACAUCAACUUGAUCGAUACUCCUGGGCAUAUUGAUUUCACCAUUGAAGUCGAACGCGCGCUCAGAGUCCUCGACGGUGCUGUAAUGAUCCUGUGUGCCGUGUCGGGUGUGCAAAGUCAAACUAUUACGGUUGAUCGACAGAUGAGACGGUACAACAUUCCUCGGAUCAGUUUUAUCAACAAAAUGGACCGCAUGGGUGCGAAUCCCUUCAAAGCUGUAGAUCAGAUCAACAAGAAGCUCAAGAUUGCCGCUGCCGCUGUUCAAGUCCCUAUUGGCGCCGAGGACGAGUUCAAAGGCUUGGUCGACCUGGUUACUAUGAAGACAUACUACGCUGAAGGUGAACGUGGUGAAAUCAUCGUCACCAAAGACGAGAUUCCUGCCGAAGUCCAGCAGCUUGCUCAAGAACGAAGGGCCAUGCUGAUCGAAACCCUUGCUGAUGUCGACGAGGAAAUGGCCAAUCUGUUUUUGGACGAGCAGGAGCCGACUAUCGAACAGCUCAGGGCAGCCAUUCGCCGUGCAACCAUCUCCCUGAAGUUUACGCCAGUCUUCAUGGGCUCAGCUCUGGCCGACAAGUUCGUUCAGCCAAUGCUUGAUGGUGUUUGUGAUUAUUUGCCAAACCCAGCCGAGGUUUCAAACACUGCUCUUGAUCGCCGACAGAAGGAAGCUCCCGUCAAGCUGAUCCCUUACAACUCACUUCCCUUCGUAGGAUUGGCAUUCAAACUGGAAGAGUCGAACUUUGGACAACUCACCUACAUUCGUGUCUACCAGGGCAAGUUGACCAAAGGUCUCCACGUCUAUAAUGCUCGAACCGAUAAGCGAAUCAAGAUCCCUCGAAUCGUCCGCAUGCAUUCCAACGAGAUGGAAGAAGUGAACGAAAUUGGUGCUGGAGAAAUUUGCGCCGUGUUCGGUGUGGACUGUGCAUCUGGUGAUACCUUUACCGACGGCCAGCUCGGAUACAGCAUGACAAGCAUGUAUGUCCCAGAACCGGUCAUCUCGCUCAGCAUCAAACCCAAGAACAACAAGGACUUGCCAAACUUCUCUAAAGCCAUCGCACGAUUCCAACGUGAGGAUCCUACUUUUAGAGUGCAUUUUGACACGGAGAGCGAGCAGACUAUCAUCUCUGGUAUGGGCGAACUUCAUCUUGAAGUCUACGUCGAGCGCAUGAGACGUGAGUACAAGGUCGAUUGUGAGACGGGUCCGCCUCAAGUCGCUUACCGUGAAACAAUCACUAAGAAGGUCGACUUUGACCACUUGCUCAAGAAACAAACUGGUGGUGCAGGUGAUUACGCCCGUGUCAUGGGAUGGAUGGAACCCAGCGGCAAACUCGAAGGCAACCAUUUUGAAGAACAAGUCAUUGGAGGCUCCAUUUCGGAGAAAUUUUUGUUUGCUUGUGAGAAAGGUUUUCUUCAAGCCUGUGAGAAGGGUCCUUUGAUCGGCCACAAAGUCCUGGGAACGUCCAUGGUCAUAAACGACGGUGCAACGCAUAUGACUGAUUCCAGCGAAAUGGCUUUCAAGAAUGCCACGCAACAAGCUUUCCGCAAGGCCUUUAUCCAGGCCGACCCUGUCGUUCUCGAACCACUCAUGAAAACUGUCGUUACCGCCCCGACAGAAUUCCAGGGUAAUGUUGUCGGUCUUUUACAGAAGCGAAAUGCCGUCAUCAACGAUACUGAAGUGGGGAUUGACGAUUUUACUGUCUGGGCGGAUGCCAGUUUGAAUGGUAUGUUUGGAUUUAGCGGCAACCUACGAGCUGCGACGCAAGGCAAGGGAGAAUUCUCCAUGGAGUUCAGUCACUACGAGAGAGCCCCUAUGCAAUUGCAGAAGGAAUUGAUCGCCAAGUACCAGAAGGCCCAGGCCGAACGAAACAAGAAAUAA